GCGGAGCGCGCGGAGCCGGGAAGGGCGGCGCGUGGGCGCGCACGCGCCUGAGCGCGCGCCCGGAGGGGCGGGCUGGGACUCUCGGCUCGCACGCCCUUCGGCCGGGCGCCCGAGCUCCCUUCCGCUUCCGACGCGCUGUCCGCCUGCCGGUGUAUGUGCGGCAACAACAUGUCUGCCCCGUUGCCCGCCGUCGUGCCCGCCGCUCGCAAGGCCACCGCCGCGGUUAUUUUCCUUCACGGAUUGGGAGAUACUGGGCAUGGAUGGGCAGAAGCCUUUGCAGGAAUCAGAAGUUCCCACAUCAAAUACAUCUGUCCACAUGCGCCUGUUAUGCCUGUUACAUUAAAUAUGAAUAUGGCUAUGCCUUCUUGGUUUGAUAUUAUUGGACUUUCACCAGAUUCUCAGGAGGAUGAAUCUGGAAUUAAACAGGCAGCAGAAAAUGUAAAAGCUUUGAUAGAUCAAGAAGUGAAGAAUGGCAUUCCCUCUAACAGAAUUAUUUUGGGAGGAUUUUCUCAGGGAGGCGCUCUAUCUUUAUAUACUGCUCUCACCACACAGCAGAAACUGGCCGGCGUCACCGCACUCAGUUGCUGGCUUCCACUUCGGGCUUCGUUUCCACAGGGUCCUAUCAAUAGCACUAAUAAAGAUAUUUCUAUUCUCCAGUGCCAUGGAGAUUGUGACCCUUUAGUUCCCCUAAUGUUUGGUUCUCUUACUGUUGAAAAACUAAAAUCAUUGGUAAAUCCGUCCAAUGUAACCUUCAAAAUCUAUGAAGGCAUGAUGCACAGCUCAUGUCAGCAGGAAAUGAUGGAUGUCAAACAAUUCAUUGAUAAACUCCUACCUCCAAUUGAUUGACGUCACUAGAGGCCUUGUGCGGAUGGUCACCAGCAUCACUUGUAGAGUAUAAACCUUUCCUCAUGCCUGAUCAUAAAACUUCUAAUGUUCACAGUGUUAAAAGUUUUGCAAAUACAUACCAAUGAUCAGUGAUGUCUCCCUCAUGGAAAUGUAUGAUUCUUUUAAGUUUCUAUACAUGUAUCUGUAUUAUAUAAUCCUUAAGAUACUAGUAUUAAAGUCAAUGAAGUGAAGCAGCUAGUUUCCUUCUCAAGUUAAUUCAACAAAAUAAAAUACCACAACCAGAGUUUUAUUACAUUGCUAGAAAAUUACUAGUAUGCUCACUGAAAUUUGUUCAGAUCUAAACAAGCUGUUCAGAUCAUCUGUAAGUGACUUAUAAAUGCUGUGAUUUAGACUAUGGUUUUACUCCUCAACUCUGUAGUCACCAUGCAGUGUCUGUAUUUUAUAUGUGUGUUCAUAUAUCCAUGACUGUAAUGCAUAAGAAUUAGAUGGUAUUACAUUAUCCUUGAUACUAGGGAUAAUGCUUUUUAAGUGUCAGAAAAGUAAUACUGCUCUCUCCAAUUAAUGGCCCUGUUAUUGGGAGACCAGACUGUUCUUUUCCUUCUACAUAAUUUUUCUCCUUUCAAGAAACAAUAAAGUUUUUAAAAAUUUUUUUCAUAGAAGAUUAAUAUUGGCACUCUGCUGUUAAAAAACCUGUCAAUAUAUACUAUAAUUGACAUUCUGAAUCACAGACAUAUGGUAUUUCUAAUCUAGGUAAUGUGAAAAGAAACCAACCAUUACUUAAUCUUACAUAUUUCAGAGAAUUGUACCUCAGUCCUACUUUAGAAUGCAGAAGCCUCAGUCCUGGUAAUAAUUCUGUUUCUAUUUCUUUGUAAAAAAAAAAACAAAACAAAACAAACCUUAAAGGAUAAAUAAUAUCUUCGCAUGUUCAAAAAUAAAUAUUUAAGACCAGUUUUCAAAUCUAACUUCUAAAACAGUUACAUCAUAUAGCAGAAUUUAAGUUUACAUUUUCUGUACAUAUGUUAUGUUUAAAACCAAAUACUGUUCAAGAUGAGCAAUCAGAAACUUAUUUUUAUCUGGUAACUAAUUUGGAGUUUUCAUCUAGGUAAAGGCAUUUUUGAGAAUUAGUUUCCUAUCCAAACAUUAAAAUAGCAAUCACCUGAUUUUAAAUCAACUGUUCAAAAUACUGGUGAAAAUUAUUAAAAUGAAUUUAUGGGUAAUAAAGACUGAGUAGAACCUACAUAUAUCUAAUUAUAUAUAUAGUGUAGUUACCACAUAGUUGAAUAUGUUGCAAAAAUUAUGGUCGUUUCUGAAUUGUUGCUUUUCUUGCUGUUUAACUGACCAUGACCAUGCUAAGAAGCAUCAUUAUGAAUGGGUGCUAACUGAUAUGGAGAUCAUUUGGUAUGGACUAGAUAGGAUGUUAAUAUUGAAGCCAUAUGCUUAUGUCUCUACUUAAAACAAUUUCAAACAAUCAUUUACUGUUUUGGUGUACUUUGAAGAAUAUAAACUUAUAUCAGUUAUACCAUCAGUAAAAUUUUAUUUAUGGUAUGAAAUAUUCCAUUGAAUUCUUGUGCUGUAAUGUGGGAAUAUGUCAUGUUUUUCACAGUUUCUAUCAGUGUGAAAUAAAAAUUGAAUUCCA